AUGAAGCGGGGCUUUCUUAACGCCAAGACAACAAAAGAGCGCCUUGCAUCGAAAAAUGACCUCGGCACUCAUCCUAGUCAGCUUCCGUAUGCAAUGCUUAAUGAGCCAGUCACCGUCCCUCAAGGCUACGAAACAAAGCCAAGCUUCGUGGAGUAUGCGUAUACCGCUCUUCCCCAGGUCGACGACGAGCCCCAUACGGAAUGUUUGUUUCUGCUUGAGAGUCAAGAAAUACUUUUGAAGACACCUGGCUUUCCUAAGCCACUUCCACCAGCUCCUGCCCGUCCGUCUUUUCGUGUUGCACCUUCUCCUGGGAAAGGCUUGGGUCUAUUCAGCACCUGCGACAUCAAGCAAGGCGAAGUCAUCCUUUAUGAGCGCCCACUCCUAAUCGUACCGAUGGCCAUUCCGUCGAGCGCUCCCAAGCAUUUUUCUCAGACGCAGCUGAUCCAGCACUCGCUCAAUGAGCUCGAACGCUACUACAAAGUAGCCGUGGACCGUAUGACAGAACAACGACGAGCUGCCUUCAUGAGUCUCCACGAUUGUCACACGAAGGAUGGGUCGGGUCCGAUUGUUGGCAGGAUAAGGACGAAUGGAAUCUGUCUUUCUGGUCUACAGCCGGCUGGAUUGAAAGCCAACACGGACGAUGCGGCCAGGAUGGGGAGGUAUACCGUUAUCUCCGAGUAUAUAUCACGUCUCAACCACAGUUGCUCCUCAAAUACCGCUCCUUUGUUCGAUAAAGCGAUGCUGGCUUAUCGUCUUUACGCUGUUCGCGAUAUUGCCAAAGGAGAGGAGCUCACUUUCCAAUACGUCGACGUCUUAAGUAGCAAGAGCGAGCGAAACAAGGCGCUCAAACCCUACGAUGUCGUCUGCACAUGUCCCUCUUGCACCGAGCCGACCGCGCGAAGCGACAAACGCCGCUCUGCCAUUGGCGGUUUCAUGCCAACCAUCCCAGCCUGGGCCGCCAAUCGCCAACUGUCCGAUGACUGGCUGAUCAAAAGGUCGACCGCGCUGCUUAGUCUCAUUGAAGAAGAGCGCUUGGAGCAUCUCGAACUGAACUGCAUUGCGACUCAUGCGAUUAUGGAGUGCUACAUCUGUCUGGGAGACAGCGAGAAUGCGAGCAAAUGGGCUGCACGUGUCAUUCGCCAGCCGUGGUCGGGGGUCUACAAAGAUCAUCCUGAGGUUCACGAGUUGUUGGACCCAAAAAGCCCUGCCUACGCGAAACACGGGUUGUGGCGAAUGCGUGUCGACGAGAAUCCAACGGGCGACAUGGGUGCGAUCUUCAAAAUGAUGGGGGACGUUUGUGGUCCAGACGGAAUGAAGACACUGAGCGGUGGCCAGGGUUUGUUCAUGUUCCAACCUGGCCAGAAUACAUCCCCGGAGGGUCUGAGGAAGAUUGCUGAGAUUCUCCAGCGUUCGAGCAACCUGAAGGGUUGA